CAGGCAAGAAAGCCCGAAGUAUAUCGAUCAGAAGUUCAGAACUCAGAAGAAGCCUCUUCGAUCGCACAAGCCACUCGAUCCCAAGCACUGUUCCAACGUUCAGUUCAAAACACCAACUCGCAUCAUGUCGCUGAUCCCCCGUGCCAACGCUUUCGACCCCUUCUCCCUCGACCUCUGGGACCCUUUCCGGGGCUUCCCGUUCGGUCCAAGCGGCGGCAGCCUGUUCCCUCGCAUCACCUCCGACUCCGAGACCGCGGCGUUCGCCGGUGCGCGCAUCGACUGGAAGGAGACGCCGGAGGCCCAUGUCUUCACGGCGGACGUGCCGGGGCUGAAGAAGGAGGAGGUCAAGGUGGAGGUUGAGGACGGCAACGUCCUCCAGAUCAGCGGCGAGCGCAGCAAGGAGCACGAAGAGAAGAGCGACCGGUGGCACCGGGUGGAGCGCAGCAGCGGCAGCUUCCUUCGCAGGUUCAGGCUGCCGGAGAACGCCAAGGCAGAGCAGAUCAAGGCGUCCAUGGAGAACGGCGUGCUCGCCGUCACCGUGCCCAAGGAGGAGGGUAAGAGGCCCGACGUCAAGCCCGUCCAGAUCACCGGCUAGGAAGGGAGGAGCACGCGUGGUCUGUGGAGCUCAAGUAACCGUUUUGGAAACGAAUGCGUUCUGUUUUGGUGCGCUGGUGUCAGUUUAGUCUGUGUGGUUCUUUUUACUCCCUCCGUCCUAAAAUAAAUGUAAUUUUAUGGUUCAAAAUUUAUCCCACAAAGAAUACAACUUUGAUCUAGUAACCACAAAAUACAAGAGUCUCCGGAAACUUCUUGUACAAAAGACAAGCCAAUAUCUAGAUUUUUCUUACAAAAGAUAAGAGACAAUUUGGUAAUUUGCAUUUAGCAUUGAUUUACGUGUUCGGUUUUAAAAUUGCAUUUAUUUUGGGACAGAGCAAGUAAGCCUGCUUGUUUGCGUGAUCGUCGAGGCUCAAGUACCUGAGUCCAUUGUGUCUUUGUUCCACUAGUAAUUUCAUAAAUAAACGAGUGAUACAGAAUGCCGGUUCUGUAAAAUCUGUUAUCUGCUUGUUUGUACGAUCAGAAUUCUGUGCUCACGCGUUUGACAUACUACCAUUCCAAUUCCAAAUAAAAAGUUCAAAA